AUGAAUGCAGGAAUAACAAGUAUGAUUGUGGCUCUGCAGCUCUUCAUGCAGAUUGCAACCACAACCAAACUGGUAUGUUAUUUUACCAACUGGUCACAGUACAGAACUGGUGUGGGAAAAUUCCUUCCUCAAAACGUGGAUCCCUUCCUGUGUACUCAUCUGGUGUACUCCUUUGCAAUCAUCAGCCAUGCCAAUGAGAUCUCUGAAUAUGAGUGGAAUGAGAAGAGCCUCUACAAAUCAUUCACUGAGCUCAAGAACAGAAACUCCAAACUGAAGACUGUACUGUCGGUCAGAGAGGGGAACGAGGGAUCUCAGUUCUCCAUCAUGGUGUCCACUCCAGCCAACCGUCUGAGAUUCAUCCAGUCGACCAUCAAGUUCUUGAGGACUCAUGGAUUUGAUGGUUUGGAUCUGGACUGGGAGUAUCCUGGUGCUUAUGGAAGUCCUCCAGAGGACAAGCACAGGUUUACACUGCUCUGUAAGGAGCUUUCAGAGGCCUAUGAAGCUGAGAGUAAAGGAGGCAGUAACACACAACUAAUUCUUUCUGCAGCUGUGUCAGCACAUCCAGAUGUUAUAGACACAGGAUACGAAAUCACUGAUGUGUCAAAGUACCUGGACUUCAUCAGUGUUAAAACUUUUGACCUCCAUGAUGUUCAAGAUGCAGUGACAGCCCACCACAGUCCACUCUACUCUGAAAACAAUGCUAACAUAGAUUAUGUAAUGCACUACUGGAUGCAGCGAGGAGCCCCGGCAGGGAAGCUGUUGCUGGGAUUUCCCAUCCAUUCUCGUUCUUUUACACUUUCUACCAAUGCAACAGGCCUGGGUGCCCCAUUCAGAGGCCCUGGAACCCCGGGGCCUUACACCCAGCAGAUUGGCCUCUGGUCUUACUAUGAGACAUGCUCUUUCCUGAAAGACACCUUGGUUCAGUGGAUUGACAGUCAGAAAGUUCCCUACGCUGUCAAAAGCAAUCAGUGGGUGGGCUUUGAUAACCAGAGGAGCUAUGUCGCCAAGGUGGACUAUCUGAAGAGCAUGCAGCUGGGGGGAGCUGCUGUGUGGACACUGGAUAUGGAUGACUUCUCAGGACAGUUUUGUGGACAGGGACAAUUUCCACUGACAUCACAUUUAAAACGUGAACUCAGUAAUGACCAGGUGGCACAGAAAACAACUCCUGACGUAUCUCCCCCUGCAGCAUCUGCUUCUCCCUCUGAAAGCACACGACAAACACAGGGGCAUUUCACCACAACCAGCAGCACCACAGCAAAACCAGACAACAGCUGCUUGCAGAACAUCACUGUUGUGUAUCCUGUCAACAGCUUCUGCACACGCAGAGUUGAUGGACUUGUCAUCAGCAGACUUGCAUCAAGACACAGAACUACUGGCAGAGUUCGUGACAGACCCAGGAGUGGAGCCCCACUAGUGACAGACCGCAACGAUGACCAGUACCUAAGGACCUAUGCACUCAGACACCGUUAUGCAACUGCCACACAGCUGCAGGCCCAUUUACGAGAUUGGGCACAAGACCAUGUGACCUGGACAAUGCAGCAGUGGUCUACUGUCCUGUUCACUGAUGAGUGUCGGGUCACCGUGCACAGAAAUGAUGGUCGUCAGCGUUGCUGGAGAAGGCGAGGUGAGCGAUACGCAGAGGUCAACAUGGUCCCCAGGGUUCGCUUUGGUGGAGGAGGUGCAACAUUCCGCCAGCACACCCCCAACUUUCUGUUCAUGGAUGAUAAUGCUCCACCACAUCAUGCCAGAAUUGUCACAGCUCGACUUCAGGAAGUCGGAGUGCCUCAUAUGAUAUGGCCAGCAAUGUCCCCUGAUCUGAACCCCAUAGAGCACAACAACAUCAUGAGGCUAGUGAGGAACAUGAGACGUCGCUGUCAAGCUGUCAUUGCAGCAAAUGGUGGAAACACCCACCACUGA